AUGUCCAAUGGAUCGCUAUCUCAACACCUGCAACGUGGGGGACUGUCAUGGAAGAAGAGACUAGAGAUAUGCAUAGGAGCAGCGCGUGGACUACACUACCUUCAUGCUGGAGCCAAGCGCACAAUCAUUCACUGUGACUUCGGUGUUAGAAGCAUUCUUUUAAACGAUGACAUGGAGCCAAAAAUCGCAGAUUUCAUCUUUUGCCGACAAGGAGCACCUUCUAUGUCAAAGCCAAAAACAAUUAAAGUGAAUUGUAUUUGGGGUACUUCAGGCAAGAUAGCAUGGGAGUAUGCCAUGUACGGUACAAUCACGGAUAAAUGUGAUGUUUACUCAUUUGGUACGGUUCUGCUAGAAGUUGCGUGUGGAGGGACAUACCAUUGGACAGUGGAACCUGAGAAGCCUGUCGAGGAUAGCAUUGAUCCAAAUAUCAAAAGGAACAUUGCACCAGCGUGUUGGAAAGUCUUUGUAGAUAUCAUAGAUAGAUGUGUGAUGUAUGAGCCACAUGAGAGACCAACAAUGGGUGAAGUGGAGUAUCCAGCUGUAAUACAAGAGUUGUGCCAUCAAUUUUCUCUCACCGAUCUUAGGAAAUCAACCGACAAAUUUGAUCGUAACAGACUAAUUGGAUAUGCAAGCUUUGGUAAAGUAUAUAAAGGGUGCCUCCAACACAACGAUGGUUCUGAUUAUACAGUAGCAGUAAAGCGAUUAAAUGCAGAAGACAUUCAAGAACACAACCAGUUCAACAAAGAGAUAGAGUUGCUCUGCGGGGAUACAGAAACGCUGUCAUGGAAGAAAAGGAUAGAGAUAUGCAUAGGAGUAGCACGUGGACUACACUACCUUCACGCUGGAGCCAAGCGCACCAUCAUUCAUCGUCACAUUUGUCUCGCAAACAUUCUUCUGGAUGAUAACAUGGAGCCAAAACUCGCAGGUUUCGGCCGUAGCAUACAGGGAGCACGCUUUAUGUCAAAGCCAAAAGAAAUUCCAAUAGAUGAUGAUGUUAGGGGUACUUAUGGAUACCUACCUAUGGAGAACUUCAGGGACAGUACCGUCACAGAUAAAUGUGAUGUUUUCUCAUUUGGUAUGGUUCUUCUAGAAGUUGUGUGUGGAAGAAACUAUUUUGACAUGGCACCAAUAGAGGGAUAUCUGGAGAAGCCUGUCGAGGAGAAUAUUGAUCUGAAUAUCAAAGGAAAGAUUGUGUCAGAGUGCUGGGAAGUCUUUAUAGAUAUCACCCGAAGAUGUGUGAAGUAUGAAGCAGAGGAGCGACCAACAAUGGGUGAAGUAGAGGUGCAACUUGAGCAUGCUCUGUUGUUGCAGGAACAAGCAGAUAUCACAAACAUCCAUGGUGAUGAAUAUACCCUAUUGUCCAAAACCAUCAUCAAAUUAAAGCCUGAGCGGGAAGAUGAGCAAGAGCAUGGUUUGUCAUUACGUCAAGAAGAAGAAGAAGAUAUCAGUAACACAGAAGACAGUGACUUAGAAGACAUGUUUCAUAGAUUUGGCCUCUAUUUAGCUAUGAAUACGAGGAUUCGAAGUAAAACUUUUGGUGUUGAUACCUGCCACCUCGAAGAGCCUUUUGAAGACUGGACCAGAGCAAUAAACUUGAGAACAUGA